ACAGCUGCUCCACACUAAUAUUUUUAGACUCUUUCGAAAAAUAUUGACGUGUGGGUGAACGAUCCUUAAGAGUUCCGUCUUUUACUUGUACGCCUUUCUUUUACUAAUAAAGUGGUAGGUAGAUUGGUAUCAAGAUGGUGAUGAGAAUCGUGGAUCUACGUUCAGACACCGUGACAAGACCCACUGAUGCAAUGCGCGAAGCAAUGGCUAGUGCAGAGGUGGACGAUGACGUCCUCGGCUACGACCCAACGGCUCGACGUCUUGAAGAGGAGAUGGCUAAGAUGAUGGGGAAAGAAGCGGCUCUGUUCGUGCCAUCUGGUACGAUGGGGAACCUGAUAUGCGUUAUGGUUCACUGCGACGUAAGAGGCAGCGAGGUGAUUCUUGGUGACACUUGUCACAUCCAUGUGUACGAGAACGGAGGGAUAUCGACAAUAGGUGGAGUGCAUCCCAAGACAAUCAGGAAUGAAGAAGAUGGGACAAUGGACUUGGUGGCUAUAGAAGCAGCUAUUAGAGAUCCUAAAGGAAGCACGUUUUAUCCAUCAACAAGGUUGAUUUGUUUGGAGAACACACAUGCCAACUCUGGUGGGAGAUGUUUGAGUGCGGAGUACACUGAUAGAGUUGGAGAGAUUGCCAAGAGACAUGGAUUGAAGCUUCAUGUCGAUGGAGCUCGCAUUUUUAAUGCUUCCAUUGCACUAGAUGUUCCAGUCCAUAGGCUUGUGAAGGCUGCUGACUCUGUUUCGGUGUGUCUCUCUAAAGGUCUUGGAGCUCCGAUAGGAUCUGUAAUCGUUGGUUCACAGAGUUUCAUAGAAAAGGCCAAAACGUUAAGGAAAACAUUAGGUGGAGGAAUGCGACAGAUAGGUGUCCUGUGUGCAGCCGCUUUGGUCGCACUCCAAGAGAACCUCCCAAAGCUACAAUCUGACCACAAGAAGACAAAGUUGUUAGCUGAAGGGUUGAACAAAAUGAAAGGGAUUAGAGUAAACGUUGCAGCCAUGGAGACUAACAUGAUAUUCAUGGAUAUGGAGGAUGGCUCAAGACUGACCGCUGAAAAACUCCGCAAGAGUCUAACGGAGCAUGGCAUUCUCGUCAUCCCGGAAAACUCUUCACGAAUCAGAAUGGUUAUACACCACCAGAUAACAACAAGUGAUGUGCAUUACACAUUGUCUUGCUUACAACAAGCAGUGCAGACGAUUCAGGAACCAUGCCAGAACUAAAUUGGCCAAACCAAAAUGCUCUCUCUUUUUAAAAAAUAUUGUUUGUCUAAAGUUACUAUUAAUUAAAAGCUACAAGGACCAAUCGAUCUUUAAAUGAAUUUGUCACCCUCAUGUCAUGUCAUCCAUUUUAUUAUUUUAUUUUUGUUUUAUAA